CUAUAUAUGAAAUAUGGCUAUGGUAUAUCCAAGCUAGAUGGAGAGAAAAUAUUAUUCCUGAAUCAAUAGUUGGUAAAGUUACUGAAGGAAAAAUUAAAAGAAACUUGCAAGUCCUAAACAAAUUGCAAAAAGGAAAAGGAAUACGAAAAAUUAUGAAACAUAUAAACAUUAAACACAUAUUAGACUGUAAAUAG